CUGAAGACGACGGUGGUGUGAUUUCUGGGCAGAGUUUUCGCUGAUUUAUUCAUUAAAAUGGGGAAAAUAACAGGAGGACCAGUUGUGGAAAUGCAGGGAGACGAAAUGACAAGGAUCAUCUGGGAUUUAAUCAAGGAGAAGUUAAUCACACCAUUUGUUGAGCUGGAAAUUCACUCGUAUGAUCUGGGGAUUGAGAGUAGAGAUAAGACAGAUGAUCAGAUUACAAUAGAUGCUGCUCAUGCAAUACAGAAGUACAAUGUUGGUAUAAAGUGUGCAACGAUCACACCUGAUGAGAAAAGGGUAGAAGAAUUUAAAUUGAAAAAAAUGUGGAGGUCACCAAACGGCACCAUCAGGAAUAUCUUAGGGGGGACUGUGUUUCGUGAAGCCAUUAUCUGUAAGAACAUUCCACGCCUCGUGCCAGGAUGGACUAAGAGUAUCAUCAUAGGGCGUCAUGCAUAUGGGGAUCAAUACAAAGCCACAGAUUUUGUUGUGCCAGACUCAGGGACUUUGGAGGUCUCAUGGACUCCCAAAAGUGGAGGGGAAGCAAUGAAGUUCAAGGUGUUCGAGUUUGAGGGCACCGGUGGGGUGGCUUUAGCCAUGUACAACACAGAUAAGUCCAUUCGAGACUUUGCACAUUGCUCCUUCCAGUUUGCUCUUCAGAAAGGCUGGCCACUUUAUUUGAGCACAAAAAACACAAUCCUCAAGAAAUAUGAUGGCAGAUUUAAGGACCUUUUCCAAGAAAUCUAUGAAAAAGAGUACCGAGCACAGUUUGAGUCCAAGGGCAUUUGGUAUGAGCACAGGCUUAUUGAUGACAUGGUGGCUUACGCCAUGAAGUCUGAGGGUGGUUUUGUGUGGGCGUGUAAGAACUAUGACGGUGACGUACAGUCAGACUCUGUAGCUCAGGGGUUUGGCUCUCUCGGCAUGAUGACCAGCGUACUAGUCUGUCCAGAUGGGAAAACUAUAGAAGCUGAGGCAGCCCAUGGCACAGUCACCAGACACUACAGAUUCCAUCAGCAGGGCAAAGAGACGUCUACUAACUCUGUGGCAUCAAUAUUUGCGUGGACACGAGGCCUUGCACACCGAGCCAAACUGGAUGAAAACAAGGAGUUAAAGAAGUUUGCUGAGAGUUUGGAGUCUGCCUGUGUGGAGACGAUUGAAUCGGGAUCGAUGACUAAGGACCUGGCCAUCUGUAUCAAGGGCAUGAACAGUGUUAGUCGUGCAGAUUACCUAAACACCUUCGAAUUCCUGGACAAAGUGGCAGAAAAUCUCCGUGUGAAGAUGUCCAGUUGACUGCGCAAACGCUCAAGUCAACUGUAGGUGUCAUAAUGAAUACGUCACUAGUCACAGUUCAUUGCACACACCUCGACAUCGAAACAAGUUGAUGAAAUAAAAUUCA